GUUCAUUUUAAAAUUUGCGAACUGAACUUUGAACUAGUUCAUGCAGAAAGUGAACUUUCUCAAUAUAUAUAUAUAUAUAGAUAGAUAGCUAUAUUUGACAUUUGACCCUGGUAUGUACUUGCAGAAAUUUAUAGAAUGACUGUUCUCUCUUUUGGGCUUUUAUUUUGAUGUUUACUUUCACUUCCGGGUCACCUGUCCCGCGUUUCAGCACUUUCUUCAAAUGGAAAAACGAGAAAAGGAAAUUUGCAAAAAACAAAUGUGGACCCUUAUUUGAAUUAAGUUUUCUCAACUUUCGUUGUUUUUUUUUUUAAAUUCAGAUAACAUACAAUUAUUUUUCAGAAGAAAGAUUUCUUUUACAUAAAACAAUACGUGGUAUUUUCUUUUCUGAUGAUACUCUGUCCCUUUCAGUUAAUUAAAUCUUGCUCUUCUAAGCUAAUUACUGAAGGGUGGUUAUAAUUUAUUGCGAAUUUUCAUCGUUAUUAUCGCAAGUAAGAUCAUUCAAGCAGGUCAACCUGAACGUGAACGCGCAGCGCAGUGAGGGCGCGCUCUGGCACCCGAGCGGUCCGGUGUAAAUCACUGCAAUGGCAGCACAGGAGUAGGGGAGGGUGGAAGACACCGGCUACAGCCCUGCCUCUUCUCUGCAUGUGAAUACACGGCAGAGUAGACACACGGCAAGCAGGCAGACAGGCAGACAUCAUCACCACAGGGCCAACAAAGGGACGCUUAGUUGAAUAAAUGAUCCAUUGAGAUAAGUUCCGCAUACAAGACACGCGUUUGCUGCAUCUGUCCUGUCCUCACCUCAAAGGUAUUUAAUAGCACUGCACAGUCAUGGAGCUGGAGCACUUUGAUGAGCGGGACAAGGCUCAGAGAUAUACCCGAAGGGGCUCAAGAGGGAAUGGACUCCCCAGUCCCACUCAUAGCGCUCAUUGCAGCCUGUACAGAACCAGGACACUGCAAGCACUGAUCUCAGAAAAGAAGGCCAAGAAGAUUCGUUUCUACCGCAACGGAGACCGCUACUUCAAAGGGAUUGUGUAUGCCAUUUCUCCAGAGAGAUUUAGGUCCAUAGAGGCACUCCUGGCUGACCUCACAAGGUCUUUGUCAGAUAAUGUCAACUUGCCACAAGGGGUGCGGACCAUAUACACUGUGGAUGGGACAACAAAGAUCACCAGCAUGGACCAGCUGGUGGAAGGAGAGAGUUAUGUUUGUGCAUCCAUAGAGCCCUACAAGAAGCUGGAGUACACAAAGAAUGUAAAUCCCAACUGGUCAGUUGGUGCUAGGACUGCUGUGUCCAGCCGUGACCCUUCUUCCCUUGGUAGUGCCAAGUCAGUGUGCACAGAAGCCAAAGAGAGCAGGGAUUUUAUUAAGCCCAAACUGGUAACUAUUGUCCGCAGCGGAGUGAAGCCUCGCAAGGCCGUACGGAUCUUGCUCAACAAGAAGACCGCGCACUCCUUUGAGCAAGUCAUGACUGACGUCACAGACGCCAUUAAGCUGGACUCUGGAGUCGUCAAAAGGCUUUAUACUGUUGACGGCAAGAUGGUCACCUGCCUUCAGGACUUUUUCGGGGACGAUGAUAUAUUCUUCGCUUGCGGCCCUGAGAAGUUCCGCUAUCAGGAUGACUUCAAUUUGGAUGAAAGUGAAUGCAGGGUGGCAAAGUCUGCAUCGUACGGCCGCCUCCCCUCUUUACAGGGUCGCUCCUCCCCAAGAGGAGGCGGGAUGUCCCGCAGGAGCAAGUCGCCCUCAUCCACUGGUUCAGCUAAUGGCACUGCAGGCAGUCAGCUGUCCACACCUCGAUCUGGAAAGUCACCAAGCCCCUCUCCAACGAGUCCAGCUAGCCUCCGAAGACGACAGGGAUCUCAGCACAGUGGCUCUUCACUGUCUUUAGCUUCCACCAAGGUUUGCAGCUCAAUGGACGAAGGAGAUGGGCCUGGCAGCGAAGCUGAGCCAGUGGAUGACUACCCCUCAGUCCCUGUCACCAUAGCAGAGAGGUACAAAGUUGGCAGAACUUUAGGGGAUGGAAACUUUGCUGUGGUCCGAGAGUGUGUGGAGAGAUCCAGUGGAAGAGAAUACGCUCUUAAGAUCAUCAGUAAAGAUAAAUGCAGAGGAAAGGAGCACAUGAUCCAGAGUGAAGUGUCCAUCCUUCGACGUGUGAAACACCCCAACAUUGUACUUCUAAUUGAGGAAAUGGACACCCAUAGUGAGCUCUAUCUUGUGAUGGAGCUGGUUAAGGGCGGAGAUCUCUUUGAUGCAAUCACCUCCUCUAACAAAUACACAGAGCGAGAUGCCAGCUGUAUGCUGUUCAAUCUGGCAAGCGCCAUCAAGUACCUGCACAGCCUCAAUAUUGUCCACAGAGACAUAAAACCAGAAAACCUGUUGGUGUACGAACACCCCGAUGGCAGUAAAUCUCUGAAGUUAGGCGACUUUGGCUUGGCUACCGUCGUCAACGGGCCCCUCUAUACUGUGUGUGGCACGCCCACCUAUGUAGCACCAGAGAUUGUUGCUGAGACCGGCUAUGGCCUCAAGGUGGACAUCUGGGCAGCUGGUGUCAUCACUUACAUACUGCUGUGUGGCUUUCCUCCUUUCCGUGGCAGUGGGGAAGAUCAAGAGGCUCUCUUUGAGCAGAUUUUGAAGGGCCUGCUUGAUUUCCCUGCACCAUACUGGGAUAAUGUGUCUGACACUGCAAAGGCUCUGAUCACUGGGAUGCUGCAGGUAGAGGUGGAUCAGAGAUACACAGCUGUGCAGGUGCUCGGUCACCCAUGGGUCAAUGAUGAAGGUGUGUCAGAGAAUGAGCACCAGCUGCCUGUGGCCGGGAAGAUCAAGAAGCACUUCAACACGGGGCCCAAGCUCAACAGCACCACAGCAGGAGUAUCAGUCAUUACAACCACGGCACUUGAUAAAGAGAAGCAAGUUUUCCGACGAAGACGCCACCAGGAUGUGAAGCUCACUCCCCACCUCCCGCACAGUAUCGGUGCCAGUGCCUCCCACAGUGCCAACUUCAGCCUCUCCCCCGCAGAGUCUGAGGACUAUUCCCCGAGUUCGGCUGACACUGUUCGGUCACCCAUCUCUCCAUUCUAAACAGCCUUUCCGAGGCCACAACACAAGUGAGAGAGGGUGGGGUGCACAAUGGAAAGAGCCAACAGUGGACAUUUAGACUGCAUACUUCCCUAUUAUAUUUUUCUCUCCAGUCAUAACACUUUUAACUGCAAAAUGCUAUGAUAAGAUUAAGGGGCCCAUUAUUGACUGGAUCAGAGAAUACACCUUAACAUCAUGCAACAAUGUUUGAAUAUAUUUUCCCUUUCUUUCUCAAAAGUCACCAAACUGUUCAAGCCUUAUUUCUACACAGCAAGCACUGUUUUAUUGUAGUACUCCAAUGCCCUCUAUUGGCUCAUGUUGCAUACUGCAGGAAAGAUGACCUGCGUCAUGAAGCACUUUGCUUUUUAAUGGGUAGUGCUUUUGAAUACCAAAUUACAUGAUUUCGUGAGGCGAUAAGUUCAGUACUCAUUACUUAUCAUAAUAAGCUGUUAAACAAUAAUUCAAUACAACAUUAACUCUAACAGUCACCUAUCUGCUGUACUGUGCAAUCUCCAGAUUACUUUGCUAUGGUACUUAAAAUCCUGGUGCAUAAACCUUAGACGCACCGAGGAAUUAAGAAACUGAAAACACAUGCUGCUUUAUUGUACCAUAAACAUUAUCUGUACUGAACAGAUUUUAUUUGUGUUGGACGAAUGUUGUCGGUAGCUUGCCUCUUUAAGAGCACUGAAACGGCUAAUGUUUGACUGUUGAUGGCCCAGCUCAGCUGUGUGCAGGAGGAUAAUUACUGAAACAACAGUUUUGUCACAUGUCUGUGAGUGGUUGUGAUUCACUGGUGGUGCAGAUGAAUGUCAGUGCUGUGUAGUUGGUAGUAAGUGCAUGUUUAAAGCCUUGCCUUGGCAUCUAUGGAUUUAAGUGCAAUUAGGUGUACUACCCCCUGAGCACAGUAUUUUUAAAUUUGUCCUUCGCAAUGCUGGAAUGAGUGAUAAUGGAUCUGUCACUGGUGUUACUGGCAGCCGGCUGACACACUCCUCCAUCAAACGGUGACAGCUGGCUCUUGUGACUUUUUUUUUUUUUUUUUUCCUUAAUGAAAUAAGAAGUAAGUUAAAUGUUGGUAAACACAGCAGUGCUUCCAGUAAAAUCUGUUAUUUAUUUGUUUAUUCAAUCAGCACCUUUUUUUUAUUUAAAAAAAAAAAUAAUAAUAAUAAUCAAACAACAUGACGAAGAAGUCCGGCUCAACAGACUGUAUGUACUAUGUGUCCUCUGACCUCGUCAUACAUUGGUUCACCAGAGAUCACAUAUUCAUAGAUGUGAAUGUCCUCUUCCCUUCAGAGACUGUAACCUGCAUGUGUACUCAAAUGCAUCCCAAAUCAGUUGUUCUGGUCUUCUACUGUCUGAUAGACGCCUGUAAGAUAUGGAACCAUUUCCGUCCUACGUGCUGUCAUGGUGAGUACAGCUCAGUUAAGACAGACUAUAGACAAACCACAGCUGAGUUAAGAUUUGUGUGUAUUUUAACAGAAAUGUAAUGUCACACCACUGAUUUUGUUGUUAAAGGGCUUUUAAGUUUUUCACUAGAAGGAAGUGACCUGAAAAGCACAAGAAAAGAAAGCUGUGAUGGUCACUUUUUGGGAAUGUGUUUGCUUUCAAGAUUGUCUGUUUUUCCUCGCCAGAAAAACAUGUCAUGGUUGUACAGUUUGACAAAAUGGUACUCAAAGACAAUUAGGAAUGUCAGUGUUAUGUGGAAGCACAUGGAGAAUGUGAAUGCUGUAAUAUAUUCAUCCAUAUUCCAUUAAUGUAAGGGUGUUAUAAACAAUCUAAACGAGAACAAAAACUAGUAAUCCGCUUCUUUUCAAUUCCCGAGAAAAUAUCCAUUGUUAUGGUUGGAUAGUAAACUUCUUACAAUGUGCUCUGCAAAGGAACCAAACCUGGAAAUAAAAAAAGGAUUUAAGUAAUUUUGUGAGUCA